AUGAACCCGACCGAUUCGUCUCGCUUAACGCAGUAUAAAAAUAAAGGCAAGGAUACAAUCCUGAAAAAUAGCCGAGUCGAUGAGGCUGUUACGAUUCGAAAAGACAAAAGGGAAGAUCUGCUUUCGAAGCGUCGCAACAUCAAUGUUCCGGAUGAGAACUAUGCGUGGACAUCAACUCAGAAGGGUCCAUUUGACAGCAACCUGCUACAUCAGAUUGUAAUGAUGGCGCGGAGUGACGACCCAGCUAUCAAACUUGGAGCCGUUCAACAGGCCCGCAAAAUGUUGUCAUCUGACCGGAACCCACCCAUUGAUGACCUCAUCUCAAGCGACAUCCUACCGAUUCUCGUCAAUUGCCUUGUCUCAGACGACGUGAAUCUGCAGUUUGAGGCGGCCUGGGCGCUCACCAACAUCGCAUCGGGUACCUCUGAACAAACGCAGGCUGUUGUAAACGCCGGCGCUGUUCCAUUGUUUCUCGAGUUAUUGUCAAGCGGUAAUAUGAACGUGUGUGAGCAAGCAGUAUGGGCUCUUGGUAACAUUAUCGGAGACGGGCCCCAUUUCCGAGACUACUGUCUUGGACUUGGUAUUCUACCGUUGCUUCUCAAUUUCAUCACCCCUGAAAUUCCUCUGGGUUUCCUGCGAAACGUUACUUGGGUCAUUGUCAAUUUAUGCCGAUCAAAAGACCCUCCGCCCACACCAGAGAUUGUGAAAACCAUUUUACCGGCUCUGGUUCUGUUGAUUCACCAUGACGAUCCUAAUAUCCUUGUUGACACCGUAUGGGCGCUAUCAUAUCUUACCGACGGUGGAAACGAGCAGAUUCAGAUGGUGAUUGAUAGCGGGAUCGUUCCUUCAUUGGUGCCCAUGCUAGGCCAUUCCGACGCCAAAGUACAGACUGCAGCUUUGCGAGCUGUUGGCAAUAUCGUAACGGGAUCUGAUGAGCAGACACAGCUUGUACUUGACUGCGGCGUACUGCAGGAAAUGCCACAACUCCUUUCACAUCAAAAAGAGAAAAUCAACAAGGAAGCUGUUUGGUUCUUGUCAAAUAUCACCGCUGGUAACCAGAAUCAGGUACAGGCAGUGCUCGAUGCCGGUCUAAUGCCUCUGAUCAUUAAUUUGCUCGGAAAAGCUGAUUUCCCGACACAGAAGGAAGCUGCAUGGGCCGUAUCGAAUGUAACAAUUUCUGGCCGUCCAGAUCAAGUAGAACAGAUGGUGAACUGUGGCGUGAUUCGCCCAUUUUGCGCUCUUCUUGACUGCAAGGAGCCUCAGAUAAUCCAGGUUGUUCUCGAUGGUAUUAAUAAUAUUCUUAAAAUGGCUGGUGCAGGUGUUGAAGGAAUAUGCACACAGAUUGAAGAGUGCGGAGGCUUGGAUAAGAUUGAACAGCUACAGAAUCACGAUAAUGAAGAGAUCUACAAGCUCACCUACGAGAUUAUUGACACAUAUUUCAAUUCGAAUAGUGACGAUGAGAUUGCGACCGGACAGGAAGGGGGUGUUGUGCAACAACCCGCGAAAGGAUGGUCGUUUAACUGA